UCCAAAGUCUAGCUGUCAACAAUGUCAUUUGUCGGUCAUUCAUAAAAGCUAUGGCGUUUUCUAAAAUUGAUAUUCCCCGCUGGGCCCAGCACUUUUUAGAAUGUGGAAUUGAAGACUGUGAAAGAAAUUGUGAGUUCUACUGCAACCCUUGUCAUCAAAGAUUGUGUAAACAAUGUAGAGAUGAACAUCUGAAAAGUCCAGAAAACAAGAACCAUGAGGUGGUCCUUUACCAACAACGUAAACGACAACUUCCUGUGGAGAAAUGCAAGAUCCACCCCACAAAAGAUGUGGACAUGCUCUGUGAAGAAUGCCAGGUUCCGUUAUGUUCUAAAUGUGCUACAAAGGGAGACCACCCAAAACAUACAUUUGUUGAUCUUGAAGAUGUCUACGCAGAAAAAUUUGCACUCUUCCAAAAGGAAAUCUCCAAAAUUCAUGAGUAUUUUCUCCCUACAUCACAAGAUUUACAGAAAGAAAUUAAAAAAGAUUCCUCAGAAAUCAAAAACCUUAUGGAAAACAUUAGAACAUCCAUGAAGACUGAAGGUGAGACCCUGAAAAGUCUGGUGGACACAGUCAUAUCUAAUAACAUGAAGCAGUUAGACCAGAUAGAACAUUCACUGUUAGAAGAUCUAAACACCCAAGACAAGACAAUGGAUGAUUACAUCACUUAUCUAAAUAACCUUGUCAAAGAGCUCCACAGAUGCCUGUCCUCUACAGAAACCCAGAAAUUAAUGUCUGAGAAGAAACCAAAGAUCCGAUCCAUACCAGAGACAACAAAACCAGUCACACCAGGAUUUACUGUUGGUCAAUACAGCAAAAGUGAUGUCACUAAAUUACUGGGAAAAAUACAGGUCCCCAACACUAAAGCUGAGAAGAGAGAAAUAAGGCCCAUUAAAAGUGUCUACAAUACAGCAAUGAAACCUACACAUAAACAGAUGAAAGAAGACAGAAAGAAAUCUGACAAGAAACAAACAAUGUCUCUAUCUGCCUCUGUCACCAAGGUCAGGGAGUUCAAUGUACCAGGUGUUGAUGAUCGAUUCUGGAUCAGUGAUGAUGGUGUAUUCCAUGUAUCACUAGAUCAAUCAGACAGACUCUGGAUCAGUGAUGAUGCGGGUAAUCUUGUCCAAACAGAUCUACAGGGGAAUGUGAUACAGAAGAUAAAAACCAGUGGUAGAUCUCAAGGUUACCACACAGUCACACAGGACAGGGGUCUGAUCUUUACAGACCAAUACAAUAAAGUCAUCAAUAGGAUAACACAGGAUAAUAAAAUCACUGAAUUCAUUAAAACUGGAGACUGGAGUCCACUCAGCAUACACUCCUCCAACAUCAACGGGGACUUACUGGUGGGGAUGGAGACAUAUACAGAGGCUAAAGUCACCAGGUACAACAAGACAGGAAAAGAACUACAGAACAUACAGUGGGAUAACAAAGGGCAGGGACUGUAUAUUACACCACACUACAUCACAGAAAACAUCAAUGGAGAUAUCUGUGUAUCAAACCGCAGUAGGUUAGUAGUGGUAGUGAAUAAAUCAGGAAAACACAGGUUCUCCUACACAGGUCAGGGGUCAGAUUUCUAUCCCUAUGGAAUCUGUACUGAUGUCCUCGGUCACAUCCUGGUGUGUGAUGGUUACAGUGACACUGUUCACCUCCUUGAUCAGGACGGUCAGUUCUUGUCUCUAUUACUCACAGAACAACAAGGUGUAUACCGUCCCCGUAGUGUGUGUGUGGAUGAUGAGAACAAUCUCUAUGUGGGACAAUAUGACACCAACACACUGACAGUGUACAAGUAUCUACAGUGAAAAAUAACAUAAUGAUUGCAGUUAAGUACAUUUAUUCUUUUAUAAAACCAUUCUGUGUGUUCACAUGUCAUAUUACACAGUUAUAAUAUUUUUCAUUGUUAAACAAGUAGACAUUUUGAAUCGUGUGUAUCAGUGGUAUAUUGGAAAUGAAUAGUUUUGAGUUUCACAAUAACUCAUAAAUUUAAAAGACACAGUGACUAUACUUUGAAAAUAAUCUUACUAGUUGCUAUACAUGUUAAAGGUGAAUUAUUUAAUAAAUAAUAAAUUUACUAAUUCAUAAAUUCAAAUGAUAUUUUCAGUCAAUUUUUAUUCUGAAUAAUUUAACAGUUGAUAAAUAUAUAUAUAUAGGUCUACUGGGUUUUGUUCGGUUUACAUGUUGAUGUAUAUAAUUGGGGGGCAAUCUUUAUAAAGCUUAUAUAUCUAAACCUGUUCUCUUGA